AUGGCAACAUACCAACAAGAUAUAAAUGUUGUUACAACAGACCAAACUACGCAACAACAACAAUCACAAUCGGAAGAACAUUACUUAGGCUUUAAUUGGACAAUGUUGGCACUGUUUUUGUUGUCAUUGUUGGUGAUGGUGUCCUUUGUAAAUACUACUACACGCAAGACUUCUGUGUCGAUUCUGCGCUUCCUGGGCGUAGGUGUCAAGCGUAUACCGCGUGUCAUAAAGGAGCUGAAACGAAAGGGCUUCCACUUCAGCGGCAUGGUCAUUCCAAUCAUCUAUCUGCUUGGUCUCAACUACACCAACUUCAUCACACGUCGCUUUGCCUAUACGCUAAUGUCGGGCAUCACGCUGGCCUACUUCAUUUGGGAGUGUCUGCGUCUCACCGUGCCCGCCGUGCGCGACUUUGCCUUCCGCACCUACGGUGGCAUCCUUCGCGAGAAGGAGCGUGACUCAUUCAAUGGAUCACUCUACUACCUUCUGGGAUCAUCCCUGUGUAUCUACUUCUUCACUCCAUUGAUUGCUAUCGCCAGCAUGUUGUUCUUGAUCAUUGGAGACUUUUGUGCAGCGGUCAUUGGUAUCUCUUAUGGAAAGACGCGCAUAUAUGGAAAGAAGAGCCUUGAGGGCACAGUGGCAAUGUUCAUCGUGUGUCUACUUAUCAGUCUGGCCAUGUUCUGGAGAUCGAACCUGUGCGAGCAACUGGCAUUCUGGGGUGCACUGUCAGCUGCCCUCGUCGAACUCUUCAAUCCAUCAUUCAUAGAUGACAACCUCACCAUACCAUGUAUUAGUGGACUGGUAAUCCAACUGAUCUCAAUUAGAUUAGGUGCCGAGAUACCUGAUCACUCACUUACACUC